GAGGCGGCCCUGAUGAGGCCGGCUCAGGGUCCCAUGGCAGUGGCAGAAAUGCUUAUGGACCCUGUACAGGACACUCUGUAAGGAGGUGAAGGAAGUGCCAAUGGUGUGGGCUGGGGCUGUCUGUGGAACUGUCACUGUGGAAGGGUCAGAGUCAUGAGGAAGGUGCAGUCCACCGAGUGAGAUGCAGGACCGUGUGGUCUUUGAGGACAUGGCCCUGUAUUUCUCCCAGGAGUGGGGCCUCCUUGAUGAAGCUCAGAGACACUUGUACCAUGCUGUGAUGACGGAGAACUUUGCACUUGUGACCUCUCUAGGUUGUUGGCAUGGAGCCCAGGAUGAGGAGGCACCUUCUGAGUAAAGUGUUUCUGUAGGGAUGUCAGAGGUUGGGACUCCAAAGCCAGAUCCAUCCACCAAGAAGGCCCAGCCCUAUGAGAUGUGUGACCCACUGUCCAAAGACCUUUUGCACCUACCAGAGCAUGACGGAAUGUACCCCAAUAAAGGGCUAUAUGUUUGUGGGACACACCUUUUCCAGCACCAGAAGGAGCAGAUUAGAGACAAACUUUCCAGAAGGGAUGAGGGGCAGCCUUCAUUUCUUACCAACAGCAGCAUUCACUUGGCAGAGAGGACCUUGACUUAGCAGAGACAGAAAGACUUCCCAGGCAGCAUAGGCCUUCUGCAGCAGCUGGCCCCUCACAGUGUGGGGAAGCCACACAAGGACACUGAGUGCAGGGAGGCCUUUGGUAGACAGAGUGAUUACAGGUGUGCUCACUGUGGGAAAGCGUUCAGCUGAGAAAAGAUGCUUGUUGAGCACCAGAAAAUCCACACUGGAGUAAGGCUUUAUGAGUGCAGCAAAUGUGGGGAAUUCUUCAAGUACAACGCUAACUUCAUAAAACAUCAGAGAAUUCACAAUGGAGAUGAGUGUAGAGAAUGUGGAAAAUUCUUUAGAUACAACUACAGACUGGUAAGACAUGAGAGAAUUCACACCGGAGAAAGGCGUUAUAAGUGCAGUGAAUGUGGGAAAUCUUUCAUGUACAGCUCCACAUUCAUUAGACAUCAGAGAGGUCACAUUGUAGGAAGGCCUUAUAAGUGCAGUAAAUGUGGGAAAUUCUUUCAGGAUAACUCCACACUCAUUAAACAUCAGAGAGUUCACACUGGAGAAAGGCCUUAUGGGUGCAGUGAAUGUGGGAAAUUCUUUAGGUACAUCUCUACACUCACUAGACAUCAAAGAAUUCAUACUGUAGAAAGGCCUUAUGAGUGCAGUGAAUGUGGGGAAUUCUUUAAGUACAAGUCCAAGCUUAUUAAACAUUGGCAAAAUCACACUGGAGAAAGGUCUUACGAGUGCAGUGAAUGUGGGAAAGGCUUCAGGUGCCACUGCAGACUCAUUAGACAUAAGAGAGUUCACAGUGGAGAGAGGCCUUAUGAGUGCAGCGAAUGUGGGAAAGCCUUUAGCCAUAAGAAUGUACUUCUUCUGUCGAAAACCCAUAAUGGAGAAAGGCCUUAUGAGUGCAGAAAAUGUCAGAAGGCCUUAAUUAGGAAGUCCUACCUCAUAAAUCACCAGAAAAUCCAUAGUGAAAACGAUAUGAGUGCCCUUAAUGUGGCGAAUUCUUUUUUU